UAAACUGAAAAAAAAAAAAGAGAAAAACCCCAGCAGAAAAUAUUGAAUACCUGACAACUGACAACUCAACAAAUAAUGCAGAAUUGAUAUAAGAACCAACCUCACAAUAGUGAAACAGUCAUGACAACAUCAUCUACAGCUGACGACAGAUACUUUUCAUACUGCCAACAUUUGCCAGAACAAGGGAGAUAACAAACCGUGGAAAUGAUAGCAGAAAUAACAGAGACAGCAACAGAAGCAACAACGACAUAAACAACAGAAGCAGGAGUCGUUACAGCUCCAGAAACAUAAAGAAGGAAAACCACUUCGAUGCAAGGUCACAAUGGCACCAACCAGAGCAAUAAAAAAGCAGAUAUCUGUCCUUUACCUCCCAGUCGAAAGAAUCUUUUGUCUAAGAAUGAAAAAGAGGGAGUUUUUGCUUUUCAUCAUCAGUAUAUUUGUUGGUAUGCAACUGACAAAGUCUGUUAUGUAUACAUACGUUUAUAACAAAUGCUGGACUGUAGCCUCGGUUGCAGAACAUUUAGUCAGUCCGAAAUUGCCGCCACAACGUUUCAUAGAAGAACUUGAAGAUUUCCGAUUCAACCCAGGUCCCCAGAAGAAACUUGUUCUGGUUGGAAUCAUGACACAUUCCAAAUAUUUCCAAACCCGAGACAGGGCAAUUCAAAUGACCUGGUUGAAAUCCAUUCCAGGUGAUGUGAUCUUCUUUGUGGGUAACAGUACAGAUCUGGCUCCUGCUGGGAUGCCAGUCGUGCGGCUGAAUCAAGCACCAGACCAUGUCUACCCACCACGCCUCAAAAUGUUCGAAAUGCUGGAAUAUAUGUACAAAAAUCUUGCAGAUAAAUAUGAAUAUUUCAUCCGUGCUGACGAUGAUGUGUUUAUAAAAGGCCAAGAACUGGGAAGUUUGCUAAGCUCCCUCGACAGUAGAGAGAAAAUCUACAUGGGCCACCGUGGUCAAGGAGUGCCAGAGGAGAAGGGGAAAUUGGGAAUGGGAAAAGAUUAUUUCUUCUGCAUAGGUGGCCCCGGUAUUAUACUCAGUCACAAAGCACUGAAGAUGUUGGGCCCACAUCUGGAUGCUUGUACAUUGCACCCAGUCAAACCCCAUGAUGACACGGAGCUGGGAAGGUGCAUGGAAAAGUACCUGAAUGUUCAGUGCAAAUCAAACCCAAAGCUAACAACUUUGUUCUACCAUAAUUAUCGUGAUGCGAAGGGCAGUUUUAACCAUGAGCUUGGGUCAAAGGAGAGCUAUGCCUUCACCUUACAUCCAUUAAAAAACAGUAGUUCUGUAUUUCGGUUAUCCAUACAUUUCAAACAAGAUGAAAUCAAAUGGUUAAAAGAAAAGGCGGACAUGCUGAGAAAUGAUUUGGAAAUGGCAAAAAGGAGUAUAAUUGCUAAACAGUUGAAGCAUUAUUCGAUGCCUACCUUAAAGUUCCUUCACGAAAUUGAACUUUUGAAUCAGAAACCUCAAUGGGGAACACCCCUCAGAUUUUGGUAUGGUGCCAACGAUGAUUCAGCUAACUGGGAGUAUAUAGAGAAGAAUUCGAUUUACUCUAAAGAGAACAUGUAUGGGUCUGCUAAGCAAAAUCUGAAUGUGAAAAAGAAGAACCAAAUCCUACAGACUGCUGCUAGAACUCUCUUCAAUCGAUAUUUGGAAGGGACUGAUGAUAUCAAGUUAAAGAAUAUUCUGCGAGCUUACCGUUAUAUGUCACCUGUGCAAGGGGUACAACAUCUGCUACAUGUUUACUUAUUGCAACCAAAGUCUAAAAGUAGCCAUUACAAUGCCACAUUUAUCACUUCACAGCAUCUGUUGCCAUUGAUGUUUACUGAAGAAGAGGAUAUGUUUCAGGAAGGUUUCCAUAUCAGAUCCAGACACAAUAAUGUGAAUGGUAGCAAUGAGCUAAAACAGAUCAAUUUGAUCCUACCAAUUAGUAAAAAAGUGAAAGAAUUUGCACGAUUUACUAAGACACUGGAGAAGAUCUUUAAAGAAACACUUGAGAAUCUCAACGUGAUUCUUGUCGUGUACAAAGACCCAAACAGGUCCUACCUCAAAAACAUAGACAAGAUGAAACGCUUGGAGUCUCAGUAUGCUUCCAUGAAACUAGAAGUGACAUUUUCGUCUGGAAAAUUUUCUCGUGCAGUGGCGCUGCAGCAUGGCGUGAAGAACUGCAGGAAUGACUCCCUGCUUCUUUUCCUUGAUGUUGAUAUGGUCAUAACAGAAGCGUUUCUACAUCGAGUACGAAUUAACACAAUAUAUCGCCAGCGAGUGUAUUUUCCUGUCGUCUUCAAAGGAUUUAAUCCUGAAACAAUUUGUUACAAACCAAAUUGCAAGAAAAAUCCCUUCCUAUUUGACCAGAACAAUGGCUUUUGGCUAUUCUUUGGUUUUGGUGUGGUUUCCAUAUACAAGAAAGACUUUCUGGACGUAGGUGGCUUUGACACAAAAAUCAUAACAUGGGGAGGUGAAGAUGUAGGUUUCUAUGAGAGGUGCCUAAAAUCCAACCUGACAGUAUUCCGAGCCCCUGAUUUGGCAGCGGAACAUGUUUACCACCAGAGACAAUGCCUAGACAAUUUAGAUGCAAAACACUACCAGAUGUGUAUAGGUUCUAAAAAUGCAGCAUAUGGAUCCCUGUACAGUGAAGCUGCAGCUAUCUACAGAUUCUCAGAAAUACUAAAUUAAGAGGCAAAUGAUAAUAACAAGACAUUAUUUGAUGUCCACAAAGUGGUUUCCCACUAAUAUGUAUAUAUAUAUAUAUAUAUAAUGUAUGUAUGUUAUGUUACAUUCUUCCUUAGAUCUCUUUUGAGUCUUACUUGCUUUAUCCUGGCCUCUUCAAAUGCUUUCACUCCACUCCACACCUUUGAUCAGUUUCCAACUUGAUCCAAAGCAACAGUUUCUAUAUCGCCUGGAAUCAUUCCAAGUGACUUCAUAGUAGUCCUUAUGCCGUCCUUAAACCUUUUUUUUAGGUUUACACCCAUAGCGUUUCCUCUCUGCAAGCUCACCAUCAGACAGCUGAUAGCCACACCAUCUCAAUUGGUUCCUCAAAAUCAUAGCUUUAAUUGAGGUGAUGCCUGCAGGUGCAAGGACAUCUGUGUUUGGAGUAAAAUGCGACGAAAGCAUUUUUGAUGGAAUUGUUCUAACAAUUUAAAAUGCCUUUCAUAACAAGUCCAUGUUUCACAAGAAUGCAACAGGGAUGGUAAGACAAGUUAUUUGUGAAGAGCCAGCUUUGUAUUCUUAUUUAUAUGUCACUGGCACCAAAUGCAUGACUCCAAGCCACCGAAUGCUUGUGCUGCCCUUUGAAUUUGAGCUGCAUUUCUGUAUCAAGAUUGAGAAGGUGAAUGACAAUGACCUCAGA